AGGAGUAGGAGAAGGCACUAUAAAACGGCACAGAGGCUUGGUUAUGGUUACGUCUCAGUAUUGAAUCUGUCGAUUCAAAGAAGGGAAGAGAGAGGUUAUCGUUGUUGUGAAGGGUCUUUCUUGCUUCAAGGUUUCAUUUUGGAGAUGUCGCUGCUUUCAGAUCUCAUCAACCUUAACCUCUCCGAAACCACCGAGAAGGUGAUCGCAGAGUACAUAUGGAUCGGUGGAUCAGGUAUGGACAUGAGGAGCAAAGCAAGGACUCUCCCAGGACCAGUCAGUGACCCUUCAAAGCUGCCCAAGUGGAAUUAUGAUGGAUCUAGCACAGGUCAAGCUCCAGGAGAAGAUAGUGAAGUGAUUUUAUAUCCACAAGCCAUUUUCAGGGAUCCAUUCAGAAGGGGUAACAAUAUCUUGGUUAUGUGUGAUGCUUACACUCCUGCUGGAGAACCAAUUCCCACUAACAAGAGACAUGCUGCUGCCAAAGUAUUCAGCCAUCCUGAUGUUGUUGCUGAAGAGCCUUGGUAUGGUAUUGAGCAGGAAUACACCUUGUUGCAGAAAGAUGUCCAGUGGCCUCUUGGGUGGCCUGUCGGUGGUUUUCCUGGACCUCAGGGCCCAUACUACUGUGGUGUUGGUGCUGAUAAGGCUUUUGGCCGUGAUAUUGUUGACGCACAUUACAAGGCUUGCCUGUAUUCUGGCAUCAAUAUCAGUGGAAUUAAUGGAGAAGUGAUGCCCGGUCAGUGGGAAUUCCAAGUUGGUCCUGCUGUUGGUAUCUCAGCUGGUGAUGAGGUGUGGGUUGCUCGUUACAUCUUGGAGAGGAUCACUGAAAUUGCUGGUGCGGUGCUUUCCUUUGACCCCAAGCCAAUUAAGGGUGAUUGGAAUGGUGCUGGUGCUCACACAAACUACAGCACCAAGAGCAUGAGAAAUGAUGGUGGCUAUGAAGUGAUAAAGAAAGCUAUUGAGAAGUUGGGGAAGAGGCACAAGGAGCACAUUUCUGCUUAUGGAGAGGGCAACGAGCGUCGUUUGACAGGACGACACGAAACAGCUGACAUCAACACCUUCUUAUGGGGAGUUGCAAACCGUGGUGCUUCUAUUAGAGUUGGAAGGGACACAGAGAAAGCAGGGAAGGGAUAUUUUGAGGACAGAAGGCCUGCUUCUAACAUGGACCCAUAUGUGGUUACUUCCAUGAUUGCAGAAACAACCAUUCUCUGGAAGCCUUGAACAACCACCAUAUGGAUCAUCAUUGUUGUUUCCCUUUUCCCUUAGGAUGUGUUUUUCUUAGUAGGAUUUGGUCUUUUUUGUUUCUAGGAUUUGGCUGUGUUAUUUUUAUUGCUGGCACUAUGCUUGAAGCCUUGUUUGUUGGUGCCAAUUACCAAGGCUUUGUUCAUUGCUUCCAUUUCUUUUCCUCGUUUUCUGAUUCCGUGAUACAAUAAUAAUGUAAUGCUUAUCAGUUAAAAUAACAUGCCGAUUGUCAUGUUUAUUUUAAUAAUAUCAUUUAUGGAAUUGCCAUGUAAAUGAAUUAUGGAAAUGUUUCUGUUGGUGUACUUGUGGUAUAAAUAAUAACUUCAGUAGAUUCGUGAACC